ACCCUCUUCACUUUGUUUUCCUAAAGCCCUUAUUUUUCAGACGACUCCGAAGCUCUUCUUCGCACUCUUCAGACACGACUCCAAAGCUCUUCUUCACCCUCGAAGACUAUCCCGCGAACACAACGUGCCCUCGACUUCACCUCAAGGUUCAAUCUUCUUAUUUGAGAAUAUAGCAAGAUGAAUUUCGUGUCAUCACUUUGUAGAAGAUUGAAUCUCAAUGAGCUAGUUACAAAUGUUCCUAUCUACAGCGCUGCUAGUGGGACCGUGGAUAACGGAUUGGUCCUGGUUUUCUUCUAAUCCAGACCAUACUCACCCUCACUGCGUGUUUGAGUUUUGAUCUAAGACUACAAAACCCUAGUGGAAAGGCGAUAAAAGGGUUUGGAGAGAGAGAGAGAGAGAGAGAGAGAGAUGGCUGAGGAAGUCGUACUGGGCUUCCUCGAGAAGAAUGAUGAGAUUUCAGACUCAGGUGAGUUUGCUUCCGAACGUGGAAUUGAUCAUCAAGAACUCACCAACAUCAUCAAGAGCCUUCAUGGUUUCAGAUUCGUCAAUGCUCAGGACAUUAAGAGGGAGAGAUGGGUACUUACUGAGGAAGGGAGAACAUAUGCUGCUGCUGGAUCACCUGAAGUGCAAGUUUUCUUGGCCAUACCACCAGAGGGUAUUUCACUGGAAGAAUUGCAGAGGAAAAUGGACCCAGCGGUUUUUAAAAUAGGUCGCUCACAAGCGAUAAAGAAUCAAUGGUUGGAGAUGGGAAAGCAAUUAGUGACCAGAAAGGUCAUUGGCCCAAAAGAAAUUGAUGCUCUUAAACAGCGAAAGCUCAUUGCUCCACAGACGUGGAAGGGCUACUCGGUAAGGAAAGGUCCUAACUAUGCUCCAAAAAGGAAAAAAUUUGCCACCGAUUUGACUCGAGAUAAUCUGCAAAGGGGUGAUUGGAAGGAUAUGGAAUUCAAGGAAUAUAACUUCAGUGCUAAAGGUCAACCUAUUGAAGGUGGCCAUCUCCAUGCAUUGCUCAAGGUACGACAACAAUUCAAGAUGAUUUUUCUUCAGAUGGGAUUUGAGGAGAUGCCCACGAACAAUUUUGUUGAAAGCAGCUUCUGGAAUUUUGAUGCACUGUUCCAGCCACAACAACAUCCUGCCCGUGAUUCUCAUGAUACAUUCUUCCUGCAAGUUCCUCCCACGACGAAGUUUCUUCCUGAAGAUUAUGUUGAGCGGGUGAAGCGUGUUCAUGAGUUUGGUGGCUAUGGGUCCAGGGGUUAUGAAUAUGAUUGGAAAAGGGAGGAGGCAAACAAAAACCUUCUGCGAACUCAUACAACUGCUGUUUCCUCAAGGAUGCUUUACCGGCUUGCACAGGAAGGUUUUGCUCCCAAAAAGUACUUUUCUAUUGAUCGCGUAUUCAGAAAUGAAGCUGUGGAUCGAACUCACCUUGCAGAGUUUCACCAGAUAGAAGGGCUCGUAUGUGAUCGAGGGCUUACUCUUGGCGACUUAAUUGGAGUUUUCAAUGACUUUUUUACUCGUCUUGGUAUGUCCAAGCUGAAAUUCAAGCCUGCUUACAAUCCAUACACUGAACCCAGCAUGGAAAUUUUUGGUUAUCACGAAGGCCUAAAGAAAUGGGUGGAAAUUGGAAAUUCUGGCAUGUUUAGACCUGAGAUGCUGCUUCCGAUGGGACUCCCAGAAGAUGUUCGGGUUAUUGCAUGGGGCCUUUCCCUAGAAAGACCAACCAUGAUAUUGUAUGGGAUUGAUAACAUCCGGGAUCUCUUUGGUCACAAGGUGGAUCUUAGUCUCAUCAAGAAAAACCCUCUAUGUCGAAUUGGAAUAGAGUAGAAUGGGGUGGUGUUUUAUCCUCAUAUUUAUAUCAAAGUUUUCCUUUUUAAUAGUUGCCCCCCCCUCUUUGGGAAUUAAUUGCAAAUUGAUCCCUUUUUGAAAGUGGUUAAUGACAAGAAAACCCCAAUUUUAGUUUUUGUUUUAUUUUGUAGCAAAUGCCAGGCAAUGUUCCAGCUUAGAUUGUAAUAUUUGAUAAGUCUUCAAUUCUGGGCACAGCACGUUAGUCUCACCAGUUUUGUGAACGAAUUUCGAUGUGUUGCCUGCAUAUGCAUUCAAUCUUUGGCUAUUUCUCAAAUGUUCA